AUGCAGCAGAUACCCCGCGGAAGUUGGUUUGUGGAGUGAGGUACGGGAUGUUAUUAUUUUGCUUCUAUAUAGUUUGAAAGCGCUGUCAAUUUUCCAGAAUACUACCGGGCAUUUUGGUAUCCUGUUGCAGAAAUAGAAGACUCCUCUGAAGAAGGUUUGGGCGGGAAUAACAUGUCGCUCGCUUAAAUUCAAGGGAAAAAGUCGAAGUGAGCUAGCUAGCUUAUAGCACUGGAAAUUAGCCAUUACCGUUUAACAGUAAAUACACUUUGAUACUGUCUCUGUACCGUAACGUCGGUGUUUGACUAAAUCUGGUUAUUUUGGUUAGCUGGCCUCGUUAGCACAUAAUUUGGCUGUUUCUCUGCAUAGACUGGCUUUGUUAAGUUAGCAUUGUCUGUGUUUUCUGUUGUGAUUUAGUCAACAUGUGUCUAACUCUUCGGUUAUGUGGUGAUAACACGCUAACAGAUGUGUAAUAUAAUCUCCCAACUAGCUGUAAAAUGCUCAACGAUACUUCCUCCUUCUUGUUUGUGUCUCGUUGAUAAAAAGCACAUCUGUUUUACCUCAUAGUAGUACUUCACGGUCGGCUUACAUUUACUAUACUGUGGUUAAUCCUCAGUUUUGUUGUUAUUUAGGCUGGUGUGUCCUCGUUUCCUGUCCUAAACCUGGUCUCCUGGAGCUAAAAUGUUGGAGUGUGGCAUGCUGGAGCAGGACAGACGGGCUCUGCGGAGACGCUCAGCUGUACUGUGUAAACAGCUGGUUGUGGAUGAGCUGCUCAUUCACUUGCAGGCAGAUGAGAUCCUGACUGAGAGCAUGGCAGAGAGCAUCAUGGUAUGUGAGCACUGCUGUUUAUGGACUGUAGUGAUUCAAGACACUUGUCUCAUUGCUAGGUUUGAUCAAAGAUACCAAAUUAUGGAAAGUCAACAGAGUUAGAUGGCUACAUACAAAAAAGUUCUCAUAUAAGGGAUGUAUCAUAUCAAUGAUGUACUUUAACCCUAGAGCACUAUCGCUAAAAUAAGUAACACCAUCACUCUCGCCGGGUGAUUUUUACCCAAAAUAAUAUACCCAAGAAAAAGUACUUGUAUCAAAAUAGGACAAUGCAUGACAAAUUAAAGUAGUUUUCUUUUAUUUUUUACUGUGAAAUGACUCAGGGUCCUUGGCACAAUAACAGCUGCAGGACAGAGAACCAAAAUAUGGCAUAUUUUGAGUGAGUUAAAAUGACCAGCUGACUAAAAUAUUUCUUAUCACCAUAUGAAUUCCCUUGAAAAUCACUAUUUUGUGAUAGUUAUUCAUAACCACUGUGCUAAAUAAAGAAAGCAUGCAAAUUCUAGGGCCGCUUUUACUGAAAUUAUUCGCCUACAUGCAGCUAUCAAAUCCACCCAAACCUACUUUACCCUCUAUCACUAUUGCAAAAUCACCUGAACACACGACUGUAGGGAAAAGCGGGUUUUGUACUAGGGAAACAAAUAUUCCAUCAAAGAUGUCAAAGGAAAUGCUGAAGCUACCCAAGUACCCAUGAUACUCAGACAAACGCAACAUAAUGAAAAUCACGUAAACAUGUUUAAUCGGGUGAAAAUCACCCAUCGAUGGUGUUCAAGGGUUAAGAAUUAAUUUUGUCCCCCUUUUAGGCUGAGCCAACAUCUCUGAAACGAAACUGGCGUUUGCUACAACUCUUACCAAAACGAGGACCUAGAGCCUUCAGUAGCUUCUGCUCAGCCCUACAAGAAACUGAGCAGCAGCACCUGUGUGACCUGCUCACACAAUCACCAGAAAGAGAUGGAAGGGAGACACGGGUAGAGGUGAGUUUAUACUCAUAUUAGACAGCAGAACUCGUAGGAUGAAACAAAAAUAGUCACUACAAGUAAGCUCAAGUAUCGGAGAUAGUGCAGUUUUUAGACUUUUGUUUCCGCUCACAGACUGUUCAACCAGAGGAAGCGCCAGAAGCAGAGGCAGGUCAUCUAGCAAAGCAGAUAACAGCAGAGAAGAGAGAGGUGAGCAUUGUGCUCAGUGUCCCUUACCCGAAGUAAUACACCAAGCUGAAAAUGUCCCUAGAUAAUGUCCACAGCACUAUGCAUCCCUCAAUAUAUAUUUUUAAGAGGAUCAAUAACCUUGAGGUUGUAUCGUCUUCUGCAGACUUCUUCAGUAGAUUCAGACGGCUGGAGUGAGGUGAGCAGCACCUCCUCAUGUCUGCGCUCAGAGUCAGCAUUCAGAGAGUUGAAGCCAAUCCGGGAAGAAGACAGGGAGGGAGCGAGAAGAAAGGAAGAGAAAAGAGGAAGAAGAGAUAAACAGACAGAUGUGAGAAUCAAAAACCACAUCCAUAUCAUGUUAGACAACCAUAUGGCUCUCUGACGUACUCAGACAGACGGCAGGAGGUUUCAUAAAAGCAAAGUCAUGAGUUUAGUUGUUUUGACUGCACAAACAGCUGCUUCUCCUUGAAUCUUCUCUAAUGACUGUAUUGUUUCUUUAUAGCUGUACUGAAGUAAUUGAUGCUUGUUUUUCAUUAAUACUUUGCUUAUGUGGAUUUCAGAGAUUUGUGGACUCUCCUCUCCCUCUUCCAGCCCAAGAAGGAGUUGCUGCCAAGAGAGCAAGGACACAGGGUGAGUGGUAAAGCAGUGUGGCCUGCAUGCAGGUUAAAGUAGGUGUUUGCGUACGACGCUGUUGUCAAUAUUUUUCUGUUUCUGUGGAGAUGAGGGGGUGGUGCUUGUUUAGUUUAAACAGACAGGUAAUUAGGAUUACUUUAACAUGAAGACAUUCUGAAUCUAGCAGCAGCUUGAGAGAGUUCAGCCUUUGUACAUUUAUUAUGUAAUCAUGUCACUGAGAGAAGAGUAGGAGUGCAGCUUGUGUAGCACUCAGCUGCAGUGAGUCGGUACCUACAAGCACCACGCCCCGAGAGUGACUCAUUCACAGUAUUGUUGUGCAAAGUUUACUAUCACACAGCUACUGGCGGGAACACCCAAGGAUUUGAAAACUUAGAAUCAGCAAUUUGACUCGUGAAGAGCCACUCAGUUGGUCACUUUUAUGAUGUGUGUCUGUGUUUGUGUGUGGCAGAGUCCAUGGAGUUCAGUCUUGAUGCAGACAGUCCCAUCACCACUCCUGUGCAGCCAUGUACACCUGACUUCUACCUCUCUCACUGCCAGAAGGUAAAAUACUUAUCUUCUCUGGGUCGUCAGCUAAACAGGUUUCAGUAUUUUCUCAGUUAUGCUUCACCUUUGGCCUCGUUCAUGAAAUACUCAUCUCAAGUGUAAAAUUACCUAUUAAUGGAAAAAGCAGGUUUAAGGCACAAUAUGCAGAAAUACAGAAUAUACAACUUAAUGAUUGAGUAAUGUAUAAAAAUGAGAUAUUUAAGUUGUCCUGGACCUCGUUCCUGAAAAUUCUUUGUCAUCAGAGUUUUUAGGAAUCAUUAACUCGUUCAUGCUUUUUCACUUUUCUCUAUCUAGUCCUACAGAAUGAAGUCAUCCCCUCGAGGUUUUGCCCUAGUCAUCAGUAACGUGACCUUCGAUCCCCGCGCUGCACCAGACCUUGAUCCGAGGAAAGGGGGCGAGGUGGAUGAUGAGGUCCUUAGGAAGGUCUUCACAGAGUUAGACUACCAGGUUACAGUCCACAGAGACCUCACAGUUCAGGUACUGCAGACGGAGACAGACACAAAAUGUGUUUGCUGGAUGUUAUUAAAAAGGAUAAACCAUCUAUCCUGUUUAGUUGCAGGAAAAUUGUAAAAGAAAGAAGACUGACCCUGUAGGUCACAGUGCUUUUAGAAAGUAAGAUGUGUUUGAUAGUUUCGUUUGAUUCAGUUCUCAUUUGAGCGCUUUCAGUAAGAGGACUUUUUAUCACAAAACAAACACACAACUCACUCUAGUACCAGCGGAUUUAGAGAAAUUUGGCACGAGUGAGUAUGUUGGCUGUUGAUGUCUUGCUUUAAGACAUUUUGCAAAGCUUGGGUAAUGUCUGUAACUAUAGAGAGACCUAGACUUAAGCUUUUCAGAACUAAAAAGCAACACUAAUCUGUGUUAAACACACUUUUCUGUUCCUCUGGUUCUCUCUGUAGGCCAUGAGGACGUGCAUUGAGAACUUUGGCCGACGACAGGACCAUCAGGCUGUGGACAGCUGUGUGGUGUGUCUGCUCUCACAUGGAGUAGAGGGAGCUAUAUACGGCAUUGACGGGGAGCUUCUGCAGGUAGGUUGUUUUGGUCAGUUUCUGUGUUUAUAUAUUGCUUACCAUUGAAGGGAAAAGACUUGUAACGUGUAACUCGUGUUUUGUCUGGUCAUUUUCAGCUGGACUGGGUGUUUGAGGCCUUCGAUAACGCACACUGCCCCCUGCUACAGAACAAGCCAAAGAUAUUCUUCAUCCAGGCCUGCAGAGGAGGUGAGGCACUCUCUGUUCAGAUUAACUUAUUCAUCAUCAUGACUUUUUGAGGAUUAAUAAACGUAAAACAAACAAACAAAAACAGAUUUUAACUUUACCGUUGUUUUUAUGUUGCAGAGCUACGGCUUGCUCAAUGUCCUGUUGUAAUAAGAUUUGUUGUCAGUAGUCACUGGCUGUAAUCAAGAGAUGGAUUUGUUCUCAACAGAAGACUCUUAGAUGUCUGGAGGUUGUUUGAUUAAUAGCCUUUCACCAUAAGCCCCAUUGUUAGCUGCAAUUUUUCUCUGAAGUUUGUGGCAACUCAAAGCAACGUCAAGACAAAUUUAUUACGGCAUGUCUGACAGAGGGGCACAGCUGAGUAGGAGAUGUGACGUUAGACCCAAAAAAUGUAUUUAUAUAAUAAAUCAGACACAGUAGAAAGAUAAAUGAGAUAAAAAGAUUUCAGUCUGAUGCUUCAUGUUACGGCCAUACAAUUGUUUAAAAUCAUACAAUUGUUGAUCAGAAACUUGACCACAAACUUGUGGAAGUGAUACCAUUAAAUACAACAGUGUUUGGGUCAACUUGGGUUCAGCCGUACAUUAAGGACCCAAAUUAUCCCAGUGGAUCUCAGGGUACAGUCAGUGCUCCUUGACAUGUAAAGAAACAAGGUGAGAUGAUCAUAGCCUCUGCUGGAGCAGACUCUCAGUUUUUUCCAGGUGUUGCAAGUCAUCAGAGCAGGGUCAUUAAGCACCAGUACACACAAAUGUUGAUAUGCAAAUAUAUUAUUGUAAUGGCUAAUUAAUUUGUGGUUAAAUGGGCUGAGUGUCUGUAACAUCUUGGGGCAUUUUGAAAUGAAUAAGUGAGAAUGCAGAUGGCAGCUUGUCCCUCCACAUGUCCAGAUGUUGUCUGCAGGCACCUUUAUAGCAUCAGGGACAGGUAACUAUGGUUACACCUUCAUAGCUUUCCAUUAACGACAGAGGCCAGAUGCUGUCCAUAUAUUGAUCAUAUGCAAAAUUUUAGUCUACUGUUGAACUAUUGAUUGAUAACAUGAUAGUGGUGUAUCUGUGUCUGUCAUUGAGGUUAUGAUCUGACCUCAUGACCGCUAACAUCCCUGACAAACUCCUCUGACCCCCCAGGAGGAAUCUUAAUUUCUCACACUUACUCUCCCCCACCACAGAGUCUAUCACAAGUGCUCUGCUCUAAAGCCAUCACAUGCAACUCAGGAAACUGCCUCAGCUACUAGCUUCAGUAGUUGUUAAUUGUUCAGGACAAGAAAUAUGCAGCUGUUGUCAAAAUUGUUCAUAUUUAUGAAAAAUAACUAAAUUAGUUGUAUUUUGGAUAUUAAAGCUUAAUUUUUAAAGACACAAAGCAAAGCAGCUUCCAUUCUAGGUACCUUUUACUAUCCAUUCAAAAAUGACGACAAGUUUUUACCACGGGUGAAGUCAGCUCUUCAAAAAUGUAGGAAACCAGGCAGUCAUUGGACCGCUAGGUGUUUGAUGUUAUUUUGACAAUGUCUUCCAGAGGAGAUGGAUUGUGGAGUGGAGCAGAUAGAUGGACCAGUGAGGACCUGCUCUCCAAGCUGUGAACAGAGGGAUGCUGGGAGGGAAGGACAAGGAGAGACAGGCUCCAUGCAGAGAGGGGACAUCGGUAGACCUAGGAUUAAACUGCCCCAGCGCUCAGACAUGAUCUGCGGCUACGCAUCACUCAAAGGUCAGAGAAUUUGUAAGUUUGUCUCUUUCACUAUUUUGUGUUGGAAAUAAAAGUUGUUGUUGACCUGAAGUCUACAAGAUAAAAAUUACCUUAUUUGACAAAAACAAAUGCAGUAUUAUAGAUGUAUAGUCAUUUAUAGAGAAGUACAGAGUGUGAGGGUAGAAACAAAUGUGUGUGUGUGUGUGUGUGUGUGUGUGUGUGUGUGUGUGUGUGUGUGUGUGUGUGUGUGUGUGUGUGUGUGUGUGUGUGUGUGUGUGUAAUGACUGCCUGUCUCUUUCUUUAAACUUUCUGGGCUCUUGCUUACAACCAGUGAUGCAUGCAGCCUGCUUAAAAACUAUCUUCAACAGAACCAACCAUUAAAAUGCUCAAGAAUUCUACAACAUCUGUAAACAGAUCAUGUUGGUGGAAACAAGACUGCUGCAAGCAUAAAAAUCAAAUCGUCUACUCCAGUGGUUCUCAAUUCCAGUCCUCGAGGCCCACUGUCCUGCAUGUUAUGGAUGUUUCCCUGCUCCAACACACCUGAUUCAAAUGAUCAACUCGUUAUCAAGCUCUGUAAUGGCUUAAUGACGAGCUGAUCAUUUGAAUCAGGUGUGAAACAUCCAAAACAUGCAGGACAGUGGGAGGCAGUCGAGGACUGGACUUGAGAACCACUGCUCUAAUCAAUCAUUGGAGUUGUAUUAUGGAUGAUGUUCGUGGCAGGGUUUAAUCAGAAGACUAAUGUCCAUAAAGUGGGUUAAUGUGUUUCAAUCAUCUCCACCUUCUCUCAUGUUGGAAUGAAAGAGUUCAUUAAGUGUUUCCACAACAGUCAUCAAACAAUAAGAUUUUCAUAUUGUUCAGGACUUGUAAUCUCCAGUGAUACCACCAAGUCUUUGCCUUUUUUUCAUUUGUCUCAUCUCAGCGUGUUAAUCCUGUAUUUGAUUGUUGUUUCACAAGGCACGGCAGCCAUGAGGAACACCAAGAGAGGAUCUUGGUUCAUUCAGGAAAUUAACACAGCUCUCCGACUGCGUGCCAGAGACACACAUGUUGCAGACAUCAUGGUGCAGGUGAUUAUAAAUUCAAAAAUGAAACUCCCUUUUUAAAAUGAAGCAUCUCCAAAAACUUUUUAAUUGAUGCCUUUUUCUCUGUCUCAAGGUAAACGCCCGCAUCAAGGAGCGGGAGGGUUACGCCCCUGGCACUGCCCACCACCGCUGUAAAGAGAUGUCAGAGUUCACCAGCUCCCUGUGCAAAGACCUCUACCUUUUUCCCAAGUACCAGCCCCAGUAUUGACACACAGAAGUGCACACUUAUGGACUAACACGCACAGAGCAUUCCUUGAACGGUAGCCCCACCUCGGGGACAGAAAGCAGUUCAUUCUCUGCAAAACACUGCCAAACAGUCACACAUUCCUCUGUUAGAAAUGCACAUGCAAACUAAAGAUUUUCUACUUUUUCUGUGAAUACAGCCUCUACAAACCCAAACACACCUGCAUUAACUCGUGCAAAUCUUGCAAAUGAUAUCAUAUAAUUAUACAUGGGAAAUGGGCAACGUAUUAUCAGACUACUUUUUUGUAUCCAUGUGUCUUUGCCAGUCAGAGGGUUUAAAUGUUGAUCCUUUUAAAUCAAGACUAUUUUGUUUUCCUAUUGCACAGCUAUUCGAGGUUUCAAGCUCUUUUUAGAGAUGUAUUUUUACACAGAUCUAUUUUUAUGCCUUUAUUUUGUAUGAAUUGUUUUUAUAAGCGUUUAAGGCCCAUCUUCUUUGUUUGUACAUACAAUAAUGCUUGUUGUAAGAUGUGAUCAUUUCUUGUUGUUGAACAUAGUUACAGGCAGGGGGCAGCACAGCAGAGACUAAUGCAUUUCAUGAUCUAUCAUCAUCAAUAUUCCUCAUAAGUCUGCAGUUUGAAAUUAUCUUUGCCGUCAUGAUUGCAGGCAGCUUUUAUUCCAGCCAUCAUCAGCUACAGUGCUGAUUAAACUGCAGCAGAAUUUUUACUUGUUCCUAAUUGAGAAGUUCAGAUAAUUUUAUUCACUGUUUGCCUCACAAAGAGGAGACAGCUACGGAGCAGCUUUAAAUCUCGAUCUUGAUUUUUUUUUGUCACUAAUUUCUGCAAGUGUUCAGUCAGGACUAGAGUUAGAAAUCGCUCUAACUUGCUCAUCUACCCGCUGUGUUGCUGUAGAUGUAUCCCUGCCAGGGUGGUGGGCUGCCAGGGGAAUGUGGUGCUACUUGUGAGGUCAUACACCUUUAGUAUGACCUCUGACCUUUACACUCAUGGUGUAUCUCCCUUCAUGGGAGGUGCAUACUUAGUCAGUUUGCUUGUGACAUUUUGCCGCAUGUGAUACAGAGGGAUAAAACUCGACUUUGUAUGUCUUCCAUAACUAAUAUGCAGUUUUCUACAGCGACCUGUGCCAUGUGAAGAUGAUCUAUUGGAUGAAUUUAUGACCAUGGGGCUUGUACAGUUUAUUGUAUCUCUUUGACACCCCCCAACCCCCAACACUCUAAGAAAUCAAUUUAUCAAGGCUGUGUGUGUGAGCAUUGAUGUUUCCCAGAAAAGCCCUGAGCAGGCAAAGUGUGUUUGGUUACAACAGUGUUGUAGUGAGGAAAGCUGAAUACGUGGUCGAAACAGUAUUGAUCGUUAACCAUCUGUAAACAAAGACGCUAUUAAGUAAGUGUGAGGACUUUGUGGAGGAGUUUACCCUUAUCUGGGAGGUGCUUACUCCUCUUAUCCUUUUGAUUUUUCGGGGUCAGGAAAUGUUAUUUGACAAAGAAAACAUUGGAGUGGUAAAGGGGAACUCUGCCACAGUCAGAGAAGUUUGAAGGUUGAUACUUGUUGCCAAGCUCUGCUGAGGUUCAGCGUGGGGGGCCAGAGAGAUUUGAUUUCUGUCAACGCCAAUGACUGCCAAAUGUUCCCUACAAUAAACAGGCUUUGAUUCACAAAUGAGACGGACUUUUGAUUUUUUUUUUCUUU